CCACUACAAUAUGAAGACUUUCCUGAUUUUGGCAAUCUUUGCUCUGGCCGCUUCGGCUUUUGCUCUGGAGGAAUCCGAGCGCGUCAACGGCGAGAACGGCUGGUACGUUCCCCAGGCGGACGGCUCCUUCGAGUGGGUGGACAUGGAUGUGGCCGAGGAGUGGAUGGAUGAGCAGGAGAAGCUUGAGGGCCGUGGCCUGACCACCGUCCCCGUGAACUUCUACCUGUUCACCGCGUCCAACCCCUCCAGCAGCAAGCACAUCUACGCCACCCAAAAGUCCAUCAGUGCCUCCAACUUCAACGCGAACAACCCGACGCGCAUUGUGAUCCACGGCUGGACCCAGAGCUACUUGAACAGCAUGAACUCGGACAUCCGCAAGGCCUUCCUCUCCCGGGGAGACUACAACGUGAUCAUCGUGGACUGGGCCCGUGCCCGCUCCGUGGACUACGCCACCUCCGUUAUGGCCGUAGCCGCCACCGGAAAGAAGGUCGCCGCCAUGAUCAACUUCCUGCAGUCCGACUUCGGUUUGAACCUGAAUGAUCUGUACGUGAUCGGUCACAGCCUGGGCGCCCAUGUGGCCGGAUACGCCGGCAAGAACACCAAUGGCCAGGUGCACACCAUCGUGGGUCUGGACCCCGCCCUGCCCCUCUUCAACUACAACAAGCCCAACAAGCGUCUUAACGCCGACGAUGCCUGGUACGUGGAGUCCAUUCAGACCAACGGCGGCACCCUGGGAUUCCUGAAGCCCAUCGGCAAGGGAGCCUUCUACCCCAACGGCGGACAGACCCAGCCCGGAUGCCCCUUGGACGUUACCGGAGCUUGCUCCCACGGACGCUCCACCACCUACUACGCUGAGGCCGUCUCCGAGGACAACUUCGGCAGCAUCAAGUGCGGAGACUACGAGGCCGCCGUUUCCAAGGAGUGCGGCAGCACCUACAGCGGCGUUCGCAUGGGAGCCGACACCAAUGCCUACAUGGUCGCCGGUGACUUCUAUGUGCCCGUGAACAGCAAGGCCCCUUUCGGCAUGAUUAACUGAUCGUUUAACAAUAAAUACUAAUA